CGCACACAACUCGGUCGGCUGCGGCGCGGCGUGGUCAUGGCGCGAACUGUGCCGCCGAACCGCACAUCGUGGCGGCGCGCCAGCGGCCAGUAGAAUGGCGCUGAAGACGCCGACGCCGGGCGGCGGCGAGCGCGAGACAUGGGGGAAGAAGGUCGACUUUCUGCUCUCCGUCAUCGGAUUUGCUGUCGACCUGGCCAAUGUGUGGCGCUUCCCCUAUCUGUGCUACAAGAAUGGGGGAGGGGCGUUCUUGGUGCCAUAUUGCAUCAUGUUGGUGGUGGGAGGCAUACCUUUGUUCUACAUGGAGUUGGCUCUCGGACAGUUUCAUCGGAAGGGAGCUAUCACUUGCUGGGGAAGGCUGGUUCCGUUAUUUAAAGGUAUAGGUUAUGCUGUGGUCCUGAUCGCCUUUUAUGUUGAUUUUUACUACAACGUGAUCAUAGCUUGGGCUUUGCGUUUUUUCUUCGCCUCUUUUACGACCAUGCUGCCGUGGACUAAUUGCAACAACGAAUGGAACACACCAUCUUGUCAACCAUUCGAAGCCAAUUGGGAGGUCAUGAACGCAAAUAGGACCCGUCAGAAUUCUUCUAAUCCACCUCCAGCCACACCAUUUACUUCGGCGGCGUCGGAGUAUUUCAAUCGGGCAAUAUUAGAACUUCAAGGGAGCGAAGGCCUUCAUGAUCUUGGCGCAAUAAAAUGGGAUAUGGCGUUAUGUCUUCUAGCGGUUUACAUCAUCUGUUAUUUUUCUCUAUGGAAAGGCAUUAGUACAUCUGGCAAAGUGGUUUGGUUCACUGCAUUAUUUCCAUACGCUGUGUUACUGAUACUUUUGGUACGAGGAAUUACGCUCCCCGGUUCAGCUACAGGCAUUGCAUACUAUCUGAGUCCUAACUUUGAGGCUAUAACACAACCACAGGUUUGGGUUGAUGCGGCUACUCAAGUAUUCUUCUCCUUGGGACCUGGUUUUGGAGUUCUUUUGGCUUAUGCAUCUUACAAUAAAUAUCAUAACAACGUUUACAAGGACGCAAUAUUGACCAGUGUGAUUAACUCUUGCACGUCUUUUGUCGCUGGGUUUGUGAUCUUCAGUGUUCUUGGUUAUAUGGCGUAUGCUUCGGGUAAAGAUGUGCAGGAUGUAGCCACAGAGGGACCAGGUUUGGUGUUCGUGGUGUAUCCAGCUGCUAUCGCAACUAUGCCAGGAUCUACGUUUUGGGCAUUGAUAUUCUUCAUGAUGUUGCUUACUUUGGGAUUGGAUAGCUCAUUUGGCGGCUCAGAAGCUAUAAUAACAGCUUUAAGCGAUGAGUACCCUCCUAUCGGGCGGCACCGAGAGAUCUUUGUGGCGUGUCUUUUCACACUGUACUUUAUCGUGGGAUUGACGUCGUGCACAAAGGGCGGCUUCUAUUUCUUCCAACUUUUGGACCGUUAUGCAGCUGGAUAUUCCAUCUUAGUGGCCGUUUUCUUCGAGGCAAUCGCUGUAUCCUGGAUUUAUGGCACAGAAAGGUUUUGUGAGGACAUUCGCGACAUGAUAGGUUUCAAGCCAGGGCUAUACUGGAGAAUCUGCUGGCGUUUCGCUGCUCCGGCCUUCCUCCUCUUCAUCACUGCUUACGGCUUACUGGACUAUGAACCUUUGCAAUACGAAGGCUAUGUGUAUCCUUGGUGGGCGAAUGCUUUGGGCUGGGCGAUCGCUGGAUCGAGCGUCAUGUGUAUACCGACUGUUGCGAUUUAUAAAAUUCUGACAACUAAGGGAACCUUUUUCGAGCGACUCCACAUCCUAACCACACCAUACGCAGACACGGAAAACAGCACGGUCCACAACGGGGUCGUGGUAUCUGAGAGUGGUGGUGUUCGACUCACCUCAGCUGUCACCACACCCACCUCACCACCCGCGACCACGCCAACACAACCCGCGCUCGUGUGAGCCCAACUAUCCUUCGACGUCUACUAUGUUUAGUUCCCAAAUACAAAAUGGCGUACCCAGUUCAAAAUAGCGGCAAAUAAAAAAAAAAUAAGAAAAAUAAUAUUUCGGCAAAUUAGUACCUAGAUAUUAUAAU